AUGGCGAGUUGUUGUGGAGAGAAGCGAGUGAUGGUGUUGGCGAUGGACGAACAUGAACAUAGCAACUAUGCCUUGGAGUGGACUCUAGAGCAUUUCUUCACUCCGUUUGGGGCAGACGCUCCUUACAAUCUUGUUAUAAUCAACGCGAAACCCUCUCCUCCGCCGGCUGUAUGUAUGGCAGGACCUGGGGUCCUAGGCUCUGAAAUAUUUCCUGCCGUCGAGGCGCAGCUCAAAGUGAACGCCGAUCAGAUUGCCCAAAAGGCAAAGCAAAUAUGCGCCAGUAAAUCGGUUGUGGAGGUUGUGGUGGAAGUGGUUGAAGGUGAUGCCAGGAACGUCCUGUGUGAUGCUGUAGAGAGACACCGCGCAUCCGUGUUGGUUUUGGGUAGCCACGGCUACGGAGCUAUCAAACGAGCUGUUUUAGGAAGUGUGAGCGACCACUGUGCUCGUCACGCUAAUUCUUCCGUCAUGAUUGUCAAGAGGCCUAAGUUCAAACACUAA